GCGCAUGCGCCAUGCCCUGACCUGGAAGCUGCUGGGCCCGGGGCACACGUGUUUUGUGUUUCGGUGAGUGUGGCGGGGAUGGGGAGCAGGGAACUCGCCGAGCCGCUGUCUCCUGGAGAGGCGACGCAGAGUGGCGCCCGGCCUGCCGACCGCCAUGGCCUACUGAAGCACAGCCGCGAGUUCUUAGACUUCUUCUGGGACAUUGCGAAGCCUGAGCAGGAGACGCGACUUGCGGCCACGGAGAAGCUGCUGGAGUAUCUGCGCGGCAGGCCGAAGGGGUCCGAGAUGAAAUAUGCCCUGAAGCGCCUAAUCACGGGACUCGGGGUUGCGCGAGAAACAGCCCGGCCGUGUUACAGUUUGGCCCUGGCACAGCUGUUACAGUCUUUCGAAGACCUCCCCUUGUGCAGCAUCCUGCAGCAGAUACAAGAAAAAUACGACCUGUGUGAGGUGAAGAAGACAAUGCUGAGACCUGCUCUCUUUGCAAACCUGUUCGGAGUACUCGCCCUCUUUCAGUCAGGCCGGCUGGUGAAGGACCAGGAGGCCCUGAUGAAGUCGGUGAAGCUGCUGCAGGCCCUAGCCCAGUACCAGAACCACUUGCAGGAGCAGCCCCGGAAGGCCCUGGUGGACGUCCUCUCCGAGGUCUCAGUGGCUACGUUGCAGGAGAUCCUGCCAGAGGUCCUUAAAGCCGACUUGAAUACAAUACUCAGCUCCCCCGAACAGCUGGAGCUCUUCCUCCUGGCCCAGCAGAAGGUGCCCUCCAAGCUCAAGAAGCUGGUGGGAUCCGUGAACCUAUUCUCGGAUGAGAAUGUUCCCAGGCUGGUGAACGUGCUGAAGAUGGCCGCCGCCUCCGUGAAGAAGGACCACAAGCUGCCCGCCAUUGCUCUGGACCUGCUGCGCCUAGCGCUCAAGGAAGACAAGUUCCCACGGUUCUGGAAGGAGGUGGUGGAACAAGGGUUGCUGAAGAUGCAGUUCUGGCCAGCCAGCUACCUGUGUUUCCGCCUGCUGGGCGCAGCCCUGCCCCUGCUGACCAAGGAGCAGCUGCAGCUGGUGUUGCGGGGAGACGUGAUCCGCCAUUAUGGGGAGCACGUGUGCACUGCGAAGCUCCCAAAGCAGUUCAAGUUUGCCCCAGAGAUGGAGGAUUACGUGGGCACCUUCCUAGAGGGGUGCCAGGAUGACCCUGAGCGGCAGCUGGCCGUGCUAGUGGCCUUCUCAUCCGUCACCAACCAAGGCCUCCCUGUCGUGCCUACGUUCUGGCGGGUCGUGCGGUUCCUGAGCCCUCCGGCCCUGCGGGGCUAUGUGGCCUGGCUGCGGGACAUGUUUCUCCAGCCAGACCUGGACUCCUUGGUUGACUUCAGCACCAACAACCAGAAGAAAGCCCAGGACGCGUCGCUCCACGUGCCUGAGCGAGCUGUGUUCCGGCUGAGGAAAUGGAUCAUCUUUCGAUUGGUGAGCAUUGUGGACAGCCUGCACCUGGAGAUGGAGGAGGCCUUGACUGCACAGGUGGCCAGGUUUUGUUUGUUCCACGCGUUCUUUGUCACAAAGAAGCCCACAUCCCAGAUCCCCGAGACAAAGCAGCCGUUCUCCUUCCCUUUGGAAAGCCAGGCCCGAGAGGCGGCCAGCAGUGCCUUCUUCAGUCUGCUGCAGACCCUCAACACACAGUUGAAGCAGGCCACGGAGCAGACUCGGGGUGGGCAGCCCUGGACCUACCACCUGGUGCAGUUCGCAGACCUGUUGUUGAAUCACAGCCACAACGUGACCACUGUGACACCCUUCAGUGCGCAGCAGCGCCAGGCCUGGGACCGGAUGCUGCAGACUCUGAAGGAGCUGGAGGCCCACUCCUCCGAGGCCAGGGCUGCUGCCUUCCAGCACCUUCUGCUCCUCGUGGGCAUCCACCUCCUCAAGUCCCCUGCAGAGAGCUGUGACCUGCUGGGCGACAUCCAGACCUGCAUCAGGAAGAGCCUGGGAGAGAAGCCCCGCCGGAGCCGCACCAAGGCCAUCGACCCCCAGGAGCCCCCUUGGGUAGAGGUGCUGGUGGAGAUCCUCCUGGCCCUGCUGGCCCAGCCCAGCCACCUCAUGCGCCAGGUGGCCCGGAGCGUGUUUGGCCACAUCUGCUCCCAGCUGACCCCGCGUGCCCUGCAGCUAAUUCUGGAUGUGCUGAACCCGGAGACCAGUGAGGAUGAGGACCACGUGGUUAAGUGUGUUGCUGACCUGCCGUCCCGGCCACAGGUGCUGGACCUGGUGGAGGUGCUAGUGACCAAGCAGCCCGAGAAUGCCCUGGUCCUGGAGCUGCUGGAGCCGCUGCUGAGCAUCAUCCGGCGCAGCCUGCGCAGCAGCAGCUCCAAACAGGAGCAGGACUUUCUGCACAAGACGGCGCGCAUCUUCACGCACCACCUGUGCCGUGCCCGGCGCUACUGCCACGACUUGGGCGAGCGCGCAGAGGCACUGCAUGCCCAGUUGGAGCGGUUGGUGCAGCAGGCUGGCCGCCAGCCCGACUCCGCCACCGCCCUCUACCACUUCAACGCCUCCCUCUACCUGCUCCGGGUCUUAAAGGGCAGCACUGCCGAGGGCUGCGGGCGUGAGACACGGGAGAAGCAGAAAGCCGGCACUGACCCCAGCCCCGUGCCCACCGGCCCGCAGGCUGCCAGCUGCUUGGACUUGAACCUGGUGACCCGGGUGUACUCAUCAGCGCUGAGCUCCUUCCUGACCAAGCGCAACAGCCCCCUCACAGUUCCCAUGUUCCUCAGCCUCUUCUCCCGGCACCCGGUUCUCUGUAAGAGGCUUCUCCCCAUCCUGGUCCAGCAUGUCACAGGCCCAGUGCGGCCCCGCCAUCAGGCCUGCCUGCUGCUCCAGAAGGCCCUGUCCCUGCGGGAGGUGAGGUCGUGCUUUGAGGACCCCGAGUGGAAGCAGCUGAUGGGCCAGGUCCUAGCAAAGGUCACCGAGAACCUGCGCGUGCUGGGGGAGGCGCAGACCAAGACGGAACACCAGCAGGCACUGUCCUCCCUGGAGCUGCUCAAUGCUCUCUUCAGGACCUGCAAACAGGAGAAGCUGACCUUAGACCUGACGGUGCUCCUGGGCGUGCUGCAGGGGCAACAGCAGAGCCUACAGCAGGGGGCACACUCCACCGGCUCCAGCCGCCUGCACGACCUCUACUGGCAGGCCAUGAAAACCCUGGGAGUCCAGCGCCCCAAGUUGGAAAAGAAGGGUGCCAAGGAGGCCCCCAGUGCCACCCAGAGCCCCAUCAGCAAGAAGCGGAAGAAAAAGGGAUUCUUGCCAGAGACAAAGAAGCGCAAGAAACGCAAGUCAGAGGAUGGCACGCUAGCAGAGGAUGGCACGCUAGCAGAGGAUGGCACGCCUGCAGCCACCGGCAGGAGCCAGCCCCCCAGCAUGGGCAGGAAGAAGAGGAACAGGACAAAGGCCAAGGUCCCGGCCCAGGCAAACGGGACGCCUGCCACCAAGAGUCUAGCCCCUGGCACCCCCACUCUGAGCCCCAGCUCCGCUGCCAAAUCCCCAAAACUGCAGAAGAAAAGCCAGAAGCCGUCCCCGGUGAAUGGAGCUCCCAGGUCCCCCGUGGAACCUGCAGGCCAAAAGCAGCAUCAGAAGGCUCUUCCCGAAAAGGGGGUCUUGGGCAAAUCACCACUGUCUGCGCCGGCACGGAGAAAGGCAAGGCUGUCUUUGGUCAGCAGGAGUCCCGGCUUGCUUCAGAGCGGGGCCAAGAAGAAGAAAGCGCAGCUGAGGAAGGCGGGGAAGCCCUGAGCACAGGCACAGGCCACCCUCGGCCCCUGCUUCCAUCUGUCUGAGACUCCGAUUUUUUUUUUUCUUUUUUUUUUUUUAACCGUGAUUUAAUAGGCAAGCUGCUUCUAUGGCGCUGGCUCUGCCACUGGGGAGGGUGUCUGUGGCCACCUGCCCAGGCAAGCACAGCCUAAGCCAUUCCUGCAGGGGUCCCAGGGUGCAGAGACCUCCCCGUCCCCGGUUCUGGGCUGGGACCUUGGCUCCAGGGCCAUGUCCAGGGCUCUGGUGUUCGCCUGGGUGGAUGCAGGUUGACGCACUGGCUGCAGGCUAGGUAUAGGUGUGACCAUCACUCCUGCCUGCCACCCCCCCCCCCGCCUCCCGCCCUUUCUGCUGUGAGGGAGCCACCAGGGAGUGAUUUAAAUAGGUUUAUUUCUUCAUUUACAAGAGGAAUAUAUUUGGCUUCUCUCUUAAGACUCUGAGAUUCACAAUCAGCAGCCCUAAAAAAUAAAGGAGCAGUUUGGCUUCCGGAAGGAAGAGGAGGCAA